GCCAAACUAUGUCAGGAAUGGAGGGCUGCUAACCCCGAAAACUCCAAGGAGCACACGAAAGUGGUGGACGCAGAUGUGAGCGCUGUGCAAACAUCUCACACCAGUUCAGAUGUUGCUGUUUCCUCGGGUUGCAGGUCUAUGGAAAUGCAGGAUCUAACCAGCCCGCAUAGCCGACUGAGUGGAAGUAGCGAAUCUCCCAGUGGUCCCAAACUUGAGAACUCUCAUAUAAAUAGUUCCAUGACUCCCAAUGGCACUGAAGUUAAAACAGAGCCAAUGAGCAGCAGUGAAAUAGCAUCAACAACCACAGACGGGGCUUUAGACAGUUUCUCAGGUUCAGCUCUCGGGAGCAGCAGCUUCAGUCCGAGGCCAGCUCACCAGUUCUCCCCAACACAGAUUUAUCCUUCCAAACCAUACCCACAUAUUCUCCCUACCCCUUCCUCACAAACUAUGGCUGCAUAUGGGCAAACACAGUUUACCACAGGAAUGCAACAAGCCACAGCCUACGCCACGUACCCACAGCCUGGACAGCCUUACGGAAUUUCCUCCUAUGGCAUCAAGACAGAAGGUGGACUGUCACAGUCUCAGUCGCCUGGACAGACGGGAUUUCUCAGCUAUGGCACGAGCUUUGGUACCCCUCAGCCUGGACAGGCACCAUACAGCUACCAGAUGCAAGGCAGCAGUUUUACAACAUCAUCAGGAUUAUAUACAGGAAAUAAUUCACUCACAAAUUCCUCUGGAUUUAACAGUUCACAGCAGGACUAUCCAUCUUACCCCAGCUUUGGCCAGGGUCAGUAUGCACAGUAUUACAACAGCUCACCAUAUCCAGCACAUUAUAUGACAAGCACUAACACCAGCCCAGCUACACCUUCCACCAACGCCACUUACCAGCUCCAAGAACCACCAUCCGGCAUCACAAGUCAAGCAGUUACUGAUCCCACAUCAGAGUACAGUACAAUCCACAGCCCUUCAACACCCAUUAAAGAUUCAGAUUCAGAUCGACUGAGAAGAGGUUCCGAUGGGAAAUCACGAGGCCGAGGCAGGAGAAACAAUAAUCCUUCACCUCCCCCGGAUUCUGACCUUGAGAGAGUGUUCAUCUGGGACUUGGACGAGACUAUCAUUGUUUUCCAUUCCUUGCUAACGGGAUCCUAUGCCAACAGAUAUGGGAGGGAUCCACCCACUUCUGUUUCCCUUGGACUACGAAUGGAAGAAAUGAUUUUCAACUUGGCAGACACACAUCUAUUUUUCAAUGACCUAGAAGAAUGUGACCAAGUUCAUAUAGACGACGUCUCUUCCGAUGACAACGGCCAGGAUUUAAGCACGUAUAACUUUGGAACAGAUGGCUUUCCUGCUGCAGCCACCAGUGCUAAUUUAUGCCUGGCAACUGGUGUCCGGGGUGGAGUGGACUGGAUGAGAAAACUGGCCUUUCGCUACAGACGAGUAAAAGAGAUCUACAACACGUACAAAAACAACGUGGGAGGUCUGCUUGGUCCAGCCAAGAGGGAAGCCUGGCUCCAGCUGCGGGCUGAGAUCGAGGCACUCACGGACUCCUGGCUGACCCUGGCCUUGAAGGCCCUCUCACUCAUCCACUCCCGGACGAACUGUGUGAAUAUUUUAGUAACAACUACUCAGCUCAUCCCAGCAUUGGCAAAAGUCCUGCUAUAUGGAUUAGGAAUUGUAUUUCCAAUAGAAAAUAUUUACAGUGCAACUAAAAUAGGAAAGGAAAGCUGUUUUGAGAGGAUAAUUCAAAGGUUUGGAAGAAAAGUGGUGUACGUUGUCAUAGGAGACGGCGUGGAAGAAGAGCAAGGGGCAAAGAAGCAUGCUCUGCCCUUCUGGAGGGUCUCCAGUCACUCAGACCUCAUGGCCCUGCAUCAUGCCUUGGAACUGGAGUACCUGUAACAGCCUCAUGGCACUUUGACACUGCACAACUGCCUUGUGGCCAGAGACAAAUCCAGCCAGCUUCAGUCUCACAUCAGCGCUGGACUCAGAACCUAGCAAUUUCAACGUACAGAUGUGUGGCUGCUGUGGUCUUGACCGCUAUCCUUGUGGUGAAUGGAGGACCUCGUUCGUGCUUUUCUUUAGAACAGCUGUUGACUCUAGUACUGUGAAUCCAAUGAAAAUAAGCCAUGAGAAUGUUCUAGCACAGUGUAAUGUGUCUUUGCCACAUUAACUACACGGUUCAAACCUGUGAAGAAAGGACCUACGGACACUUUGGUUUUCAGUGUGAAAUACACAGCUCCUCUCAGCAAACUUGAUUGCACAGCAGUGACUGGCAUGUAUUUCCUGGAUACCAGUGGAGGAAUUUUCUCAUAAAGAAGGUUUACUUUUUGGUGUCUCCUACCCAGGGUAAUCUGUACAUCUUUACUUAUUUAUGAACAGACUUUUAAAAACAGAUUUGCUGAGGUAUAAUUCACAUAUCACACAAUUCACCAAGACAGACUUCUUGGCAUCAAAUAGUUGAAG